AUGCCUGCAAGGAGAGAGGGGAUACAGCAGGCACACCAGGGUUUCCACGCUGUGGCUGGCAUUCCCCAGGUGCUUGGACUGGUGGAUGGGACCCUAAUCCCUGUGUCCAACCCAUCCGUGGACGACCAGAUGUUUAUCUGUCGUAAGGGGUAUUCUGCCAUCAACACCCAAGUGGUGGUGGACCAUAAUGGGCUCAUCGUGGACGUCGUGGCGAAGUGGCCAGGCAGUACGCAUGACAGCUACAUCUGGGCCAACUCAGCUGUGGGGCAGGAUGCUGCCAGGGGAGUGUUCGGCAGGGGUUUUUUCCUCGGAGACAGUGGCUACCCCCUCCGAACCUACCUGAUGACACCAGUGGCGAAUCCUGUAACACAAGGUGAGCAGGAUUUCAACGAUGCCCACAUCCGCUCCAGGGGCCUUGUAGAACGCACAAUUGGCCGUUGGAAACACCGAUUCCGCUGCAUUCAUCGGUUGGCGGGAGGGCUGAAGUUCAGCCCUGCAAAAUGUUGUGCUGUCAUUGUUGUAACAGCAAUGCUGCACAACAUUACUGUGCGCGCACGAGCGCACAUGCCUCCGGAGGAUAAUGAGGAUGAAGAGGAUGAUGACGCCGAAGGUGACAACCCUCCUCCCCCUGAAAAUCGUGCAGCACAAUAUAACGCCGGUUUUCAGGCCAGGCAAAAUAUCAUCAACAUUUUUGGCUGA